GGUCGACUUUGGGCGGAAGUGUCUCUCUCUGUAGGCUAAGAGAAGCGAGAUGGGGGUGAAGCUGGAGGUGUUUCGGAUGGUUGUGUAUCUCACUUUCCCUGUGGCCAUGUUCUGGAUCUCCAAUCAGGCCGAGUGGUUUGAGAGUUAUGUCGUACAGCGCAAGAGGGAGAUAUGGCCACCUGAGAAAGAGGGCCAGCACCAAGAGCUAGAAGAGUUCAAAGAGAGGAUGCGGAAACGGCGGGAGGAGAAACUGCUUCGUGCUGCCCAGCAGAGCCCCUGAGAUGGCCAAACGUUUUAAUCCCAGUCCCCCUGCCCACCACAUAACACAGACUCGGUUCCUUGUUGUUCG